AUGGUCUAUUACCUAGAGAAUUUAAAGUCAAAUGCUUCACUUUUAAGUUCUUGGUAUGCCAGACUCGAACCUCUGAACAAUUCUUCUAGAAAUCCAAAAUCAUUAGCAUAUGAUUUGCACAGCCCCUUUUACCGUGGAUGUGGGGUAUACCGUCCAUCUAAAAGUCGAGCAUCAAUUCUGAAGCUACUGAGGACCCGCCAAGGAUUCAAGGAUCAAUUAAGCUUGAUACAUAGCACAAUAGAUUAUAACUAUGUGGCUUCUGUUUGUUCUGAUGCUAUUGGCUUGAAUCUUGACACAACUGUCAUGUUUCCAGAAAGUCCAUUUACUGCUUUUGACAUCAUUAGGUGGUUUGAGGCUGGGUACUUUAGUAUAGAUUUUCAAAUACGUCUUACAAACGCACCAAAUGAUUUGCCAUUUCCCUCACUAGGUGAUGUAAUGCCUCACUGGUGUACAAACGCUCUAACCACUGGAUUUAUUGCUGCAAAAGAAAAUCAAAUCAAGGAGGAAUCAAGUAUAACAAGCACUGAAGUUGAGAAAAGACAAAGGGAUGUCAAUGAUCAAUCAGGUAAGUCAAACUUCACGCAUACCAUGAGGAGAAAUGGAACUGGAUUUCAACAAGGGGGGGCUAGGGAGGCUGAGAAGGGGAUUAGUGAGUCGGUGACAUUUGGUAACAAAGGUGAGGGCAACUUAGACAUGAGUACAUUUCAUGGAAAAGAAGAAAAAAAUUAUCAAGGCAUGUCUUGGUUUACACCUCCAAAUGAUGCCAAUGCAAAAAGUGAACAUUGUUAUAUUCCAAAAAGAAUGAUGCAAACAUGGAAUGGGCACACAAAAGGGGUUUUAGCCAUUAGGUUCCUACUUGAUAACAACCACUUGCUUUUGUUGGCUGGAAUGGAUACCAAGGUCAAGAUUUGGGAAAAAUUUAAUUCAGAUAAGUAUGAGGCAUUAAUGGAGGUUGAUGUUAUUGAUCCCCAUGAAGAUGGCGAUAUUUUACUGGGAAAUAAUGAGAGACAACUGUGGAAGCUGGGGACGCUGCCACCUGGCUUGAUAACGUUUUGGAAACGGGUCUACCCGUUGGAGAGGACAUGGCAUGUACUUGGGCUUGGGUAUAACCCGAGUGUGAGUCACAGGGAGAUUGAAAAAGCAGCUGUCAUUCACUACAACGGGAAUCUGAAGCCGUGGCUGGAAAUAGGGAUUCCAAAGUUUCGAGGCUAUUGGAAUCGCUUUCUCGACUAUGAUCAGGCUUACAUGAGGGACUGCAAUAUGAGCCCAUAAGCAAGUAUAUGUAUGUAGUAGUGCAUAUUCUUUUGUUGUGGUUAAGUGUAUUGAAAAUGUUUCCUCAUUCAUACAUUAUUGUGCUGUAUCUUGUAAAUGAGCAAGAGAUUGAUUGUUUUAGAAGGUUUGUGCUCCGUGUGUGUAUUAGUAAUUUAGUAUAAACAUUUUAGGUUUGAAUUGUUUUGGUGGAUCCUAAGAAAGGAUGAUGGGUAUGUUGUAUUUCCGUAUACCAUUUAUAUAUAUUUCUUUAUAUUCUUAUUGGCUGCAUACAAGGUUUAGUAAUUUACUAUUAUAUUUUCUGUUAUUA